GCAGAGCGGUAUUUCGAAGUUCUUGCAGCCUUACAGAUGGAAGUGGAUUUGGAAAUUAAAAGUAGCAACAACUACUAUUAUUAUGGCCAGCCAUUAAUACCACGAAACUCGAAUUUAAUCCUGCAAAUGUUGUUGCAAGCAAAUGCCUACGUCUCAAUAGUCUGGAGCGUCAGCUAUUUACUGCAUCUGUGCAUUUGGUCGCAUCUGAUGUGGAACUAUACGGGUCUGGCCAUGCUGCUGGCCUACGUGCUGGCCGUUGGCACUGAGUCAUUGCGUCUCUAUGCCAGCUACUCUAUCAAUCUGACCACAAAUGCCACGACCAUGUGGCUGCUCCUAACACUGACGCCCUGUGUGCUGUUGCCUGCCUUGGUCUACUUGCGUCUGGCCGUCGUCUAUGCCAACCUCUGGCUGCACUUGCUUUCGCAUGCACAAUUUGUGCUCAUCGGACUGGAGGCGCUAACGGCGCUCAUCUGCCACGUUGGCAGCCUGGCCACAGACAAGGGGAACGCAAAUGCACUCAAAUCAAAUGGGCAGCUAUAAAGUGUAUGAUGAUAGAACAUUAAAUGUGUAUGUGUGCUAGUGUGUUCGUUUGUGUAUAUUCCUAAAUAUUUAAAGCAUUGU